CAGGCCUUGGGUUGCAUUGGUGGAGCUGCCCACCUCAUCCGUUUUCUCUCUGCUGAGUGGCGGUUGUGUUUUUAACAUGGGGCAUUACUCGUUGAACCUCUGCCCUGUGCUCCUUACCCAUUCAUUGUUUUUUUCCGAAAUGUAUGCUGGGAUGAUAGUCUGGCUCCCUCCGUGGCCGUUUCUUUGUAGCUCAAGAUCCCAAUAUGGCUGCAAGUGCCAAAAGAAGCCUUGUGCCUUUUUUCUCUCUCCAUUCGUGCAGAACAGAAUUUGUGAAAAAUGCCUUGAGUGGGCCAAUUUCGGUCCUGCAGUUUAUGCAAGAGCUGUUGGAGGGUGCAUUCCUUGACAGGCUUCAGCUUUUGGUACAGAAAUGAAAAAUGUUCUCCAUGUAGAACAAGCAAGCAAGGUUUGCUCAGGGACAGAAUGAAAUCACCUCCCUCAGAAGGAUCAGAUUUCAUUACCCCCCUCCCUUCUAGUUCAUUUCUCCUUUUUUCCUGAUUUAUGCAGGGACUUUCAGAAAGUGCAGCAAAAAUAAAUUGACUGAAGAAUGGUCCCUGUGGUCAGAGACUCCAUGCUGUGAUGAAAGAUGCCCUCCAGUUCCUGGAAAACUCUCCCAGCAAACGCAUAUUGGCGAUACUGCCCAGGUGCUGCAUAUCCUCUUUCUUGGUCUUAUAACGCUGUAGGUUUGAGCUGUAUCUGUCUUGUAGAGGGUGGAUUAAAGACUCUUUCUCACAGCAGGUAACAUUUGAGCUGGUCCUGAUCCACGUCUUCCUCAAGGAGCUAAGAGAGAAUCCGCAAGGGGUUUGUGGAUGUUGUGAUGGAGAACUACGAGCUGGUCACUUCACUGGGCUACCCGGUUCUCAAACCUGAUCUCCUGUCUCGGAUUGAGCGUGCUGGAGAGCAGUGUGUUGGUGACCAGCUAGAUUCUAGCCGAGGGAUUCCAACAGAUCCAUGUCCAGGCUACCGUUUCUUUAAGCCUGAGAGCUUAUCUUGGAUUGAACGGUGGGAGGAACUUGGUGUCACGGACCGCCAGAAGCUGGAGGAAGGCAAGCUCUGUGCAGGCUCCUGCCAAGCAGCUGGACGGAGCAAGGCCAUCAAAGAAGAAGAAGGUGGCCAGAAGGGCUUUGUGGCCAGCUUGGAGCGCUACCAGCUGUUCCCAGAGAGUUCCAGGGCAGGGCUCUUCCUGGCCCCCAACGCCACCCAGCUGAGAAACCAGCCCCGGGUCAAAAAGGAGGAGGCAGCCUCGUGUGAGCCAAGCCUCAGUGGCCCUGGGCGCCCAUCCCAGGGGCUAGGCUCCGGGCCGUUCACCUGCGUGGUCUGUGGAAAGUGCUUCCGGCAGAAGCAAGGCCUCAUCACGCACGGGCGGAUCCACACCGGCGAGAAGCCCUACCCAUGCCUGGAGUGUGGCAAGCGUUUCCGCCAGCGCCCCAACCUGCUGACGCACCAGCGGGUGCACACGGGCGAGCGCCCCUUUCCCUGCCUGCGCUGUGGGAAGCGCUUCAGCCAGAAGGCGAACCUGGCGGCCCACCAGCGCACCCACGCGGUCCAGGAGGGGCUCAUUGCUCCAGAGCCCAAGGUCCCCGUGCCCCGCGGCAGCCGCCAGACCGAGAAGCCCUUCCCCUGCAACGUCUGCGGGAAAAGCUUCAGCCAGCGCCCCAACCUGAUCACCCACCAGCGCAUCCACACGGGCGAGAAGCCCUUCCCCUGCACGGAGUGCGGCAAGCGGUUCAACCAGCGGGCCAACCUCAUCACUCAUCGACGCAUCCACUCGGGCGAGCGGCCCUUUCCCUGCGCCACCUGCGGGCGGCGAUUUAGCCAGAAGGGCAACCUGGCAGCACAUCAGCGCACCCACUCGCAGCAGCGCCCUCAUGCCUGUACCUGCUGCCCCAAGCGCUUCAAAGGCGAGUCCGCUCUGCGCGCGCACCAGCGAACCCACCGGCAGGUGCUGGGGACGGAUCCACUGACUAGCACCCUCUUGGCAGCUCCCGCUCUUCAACAGGCCCUUCCUGGUGACCCCACUUCAGCUCCCCAGCGGGCCACCCCAGCCCCCCGCCCGGAUCUCCCUGGAGACCCUGCUCCCAGUGUCCACCGGCCUGCCCCCUCUGGGCAGCACGGGGGCCCUCACGGGCAGAGUCUUCCUGCAGACCCUCCCCCUGGUCCGCACACUGCCGGCCCCACCGGGCACCUCCAGGCAGUGGCCCCUGGCUCAGAACAGGGCCCGAAGCUCAGUGCCCCGCCAGCAGCGAUGGAUCCCCACACGGAGAUGCUUCAUUGCCAGCGUCGGCUGAGCCUGCCUGUGCUUCCCAGCUCCAGCGCGCAUUCUGUGGUUCCCAUGGGGCAGCCGCAGCCGAUCACCUCCAAGCCGAAAGGUGUGGCUGCCGCCCCCCGGCCUGCUGCCGUGGAAGCCCCGAGCGAGAUGCUUCACUGCCUCUGCCAUGCCGGCAGGGCCUCCUUGGUCAUUCCUCACCCGCCGCAUCUGGGACAGCUCCAGCCCGGGAGCAGAGACGCCCCAGGGCGGGCCUGGCUGGGGAUUCCGUGCCCGGCCCGUACCCUUCAGCUUCAGCAAGGGGGCCAGAGCCAUCCGGCAACUCCCAACCCCAGACUCUGUUCGAUCCCUGAUUCCUUGCGGUAACUUCCCCACCCCCUAAUGACGGGCACUGUGCGAGCACAGAUUGGGUGGGGCUGGACUCCCCUCGGAUCCCACCGACAGCGCCCUGUGGAGUGGACAGCGGGGUUUAUGCAUGUAUUGUGGACGGGGAAGCCCCAGUCUGCCCCCUCCUGCUCUAGGGACACAUGCAGACCCUCUUUGUACCUGCACCUCCUGGCCAAGACUAUUUCUGUUCUUGUGGGGCUCCUUGGAGGCAAUCCAUCCUUCCAGCAUGGGCGCCCUCUCCCGAAACUCGCAUGUGACAGGAAGACCAGCACCAUGGGGCAUGUCGUGCUGUGCCGUGCCCACCUCCUUGUCUUGCCACCGUGCCAUUGACCUCUCCAGGAGCCCUCAGAAUCCUCCCCAGGAGGCACAUCAUUGUGCAGUGGAAAUCUGCCUCCUCAAUGAAAGAAGGAAAGACCAAGAACUUGGCAGAGCUGCAGGUGGGGCGCCGGGCAGCAGGGGCUGGCUUUCUUGGACGAGAAGACUUGCUCAUCCUUCAGCAUGCCUGCUGUUUUCCGGGCACACCGAAAAGUCCCCCUUGGAAGCUUGUCCUUGCCAGUGCUUGGCUGAAGGUGACAUCCCUCUGUGGCCCUUGGCAGACGCGUGGCUGUAGCUGGUGCCUUGUAGGCAGGUGGGGCUUCCCAGCACACUGGCAAGUGGGUGGGCCUGGUCUGGCCUGGCCUGGCCUGGCCUGCCUCUGCCAGAUGUUGCGGUCCGCUUUGCAGCGCCACUGGGGAGACUCCGAAGAAUCUGGCCCCCUUUCUCUACCUGCAAGAAAAAAAGCUUGUUAAAGGAAUGCACUGUUGGGAUCAGAUUAGAGCUGCUGCAGAACCUGUGGAUGGCUGAACUUUGCUGGGGAGGGAGAACUGGACCAGCGCCCGGGCAUGUGGCGAACAAGCCUUGCGACUCCCCUGCAGUCUUGCUCCCCUUUGGAUCCAUCAGGGAUGGGGCAGAGCCGGGAGCCUUGGGGUGGGGAGGGAUUUUGCCCUCCGUUUGCGUGCGAAUUGGAAUGGUGUGAGGGAAAAAGACCUCGGGAGAUGGGUGUGGGGGGAGAGCAUGGCCUCCAAGCAGAAGGUCCUCCUCUUGCCCUGCCUGCCCUACCUGGGACUCAAGGCAAGGAAAGCCACGUUGUUCCUUUAGCUCGAAGUACCUGCCCGAGGAGUUAGCUCUGUGCAGAUGUAAUGUGGGGCUGCCCCAAAGGGGAGAGGCAGAAGCCCCCUCCCUCCUCGUCCAGCCGCUGGAUUAGAAAUGCCUGAAAUUUGCAGGAGGCCGUGACCAAAGAGCCUGGUUUGUGGUGGGGCUGGAAGGCUGUGGUGGUCCUUUCACAAGGGCUCCGUGGGGGGGGAUGGGGAGGGGAGGGAGCGGAAAGACGCAGAAGCACUUUAUGAAUGACCCAACUAGCUGUAGGCCCCUGGAGCCCCCCACUUGGCUCCAGCUGGAGCUGCUGCUGCUGUGAGGCUGGGUCCCUGGAGAACUCCACCCUGCGCUGGCACAGGGCCUGCGCACCUUUGCUGGAGGAGCAAAAGCCCCCCGGCGGAACGUGGGGAGUCUGUGCCUUAAGCUGUCAAUCCUGCCUGGGAGGAAAAGGGGCUCCUUUCACGAGGGGCGGUGGGAAGGUGGUCAACCGUAUGGAGUAGAUUGAGUGCCCUGGCUUGGGACAGGGGGGUGGAGGAGGAGGAAGGAUGAGAAGAAAUGUUGACAGCCUCCAGAGGUCUGCAGGGGAUGAGAAGCAGCAAGGGGUGGGGGUGAGGAUUCUGCCCCCUCCCCCAGCGCACCUCCUCUGGGCAUCUUGCAUAGCUUUGGUGCCAGUUGAGUUAGGUCUUAGAAAGAUGUUGGGGCAGAUGUGGCAUUAAUUAUAUCUGAGGAAUGGGCAGAGAACCCGGAGGCCUAAUGCCAAGGAAUGAGACAAGAGUACAAAAGAUACAGCUCUGGGGAGGGAGGGCCAGUUGGGUCCAGAUAUGGGUAUGCAGAGUGUGUGGCAGCCUCAUGCAUGGGGGGGGCAGGAACUUUUGAUUGGCACAGUGCCAGGCAGGGAAGGAUGGGUGGAUAGCUGCCUCCCACUGGCUGCUAUGUUUUGGGGCGGGGGAGGGAAGGAAUCCAGCACUCUAGUGAGGAGGGUUCUUCAUAUGGUGCCCUUUCCUGGUGGGGGGUGAGAAUUCUAACUAGGGGCUUUCCCAUCAUUGCAUCCCAAGAUUUCCCAAGAUAAAGACCCCGGGGGUUGGAAAAUCCCUUGUUGCUUUAGCUAGUGAUCACGCGGCGGAGCCCUGCGCUGGUCUGAAAGCCUGUGGAGGGCUUGGCUCGCAGCUGAGGAAAAGACAGGCUCUCCCUGUGCAUUUGGGACUUGUAUUCCUGUAAGCCGCCCAGAGUUGCUGGGAAGGAGUUGGGCGGCCAUAUAAAUUGCUUAAAUAAGAAUAAUAAUCUGCAAAUAGCCCCCCCCCCCCCGCAAAACCCCCAGGAUUGAUGAUUGGUGCAUGGAGGAAAAGCAAGAGCUGUGGUCAGUCGCUUUCCCUGUAAAGGUCAGCCAGGUCAGCUGCUUCCUGGAGAGCUGGGGCUGCCUGCUCCCGGUCUUCCCUACAGGGCUUUGUGUUGUCAUCCCCAUCCUUUUGGCAAGCGCUGUGGGCGAAAGGGCUGCUUGCUUUGAGUGGCAAACACGGAAAUGCCUUGUGGGCCUUGGCACGGCUUCCUCUUCUAGAACGGGACUACAGGGAGUGGUCCGGAGCCCGGGCACAGGGAGGGCCAGCUCUGAAUGGGGAGGUGCGGCGUGGUGGGCAGAAGAAGGCCCUGCGCCCGCCCUCUCUUCCUUUGGGUAAGCAGAAAGCGAGGGGCUCUGCAUUUGCAGCUGCCCUCUGUGUGAUGGGAAAGGGAGACGUAAUUGGGAAGGUGCUGCACUGGCGCUCUUCUCUCGCUCGUAGCCUGUUUGGGAGCCCCCGCUUGGAGUCAGGAGGGGAAACAGCAGCUCUGGUGAAUUGACAUGCUGCCACAGCCGCCGCCACCUUUUAAAGCCUGCAGAUUGUUUUGCCAGGAGGAGGGGAGCAACCAAGUCAAGGCAGCUGAGCUGUGCUGCUCCCUCCUUCGGCCUGGGAAGCUGUGGUGUGGCCCUGCGGCUGCCCCCCAACCCAGGUUGCAUGCCUCCUUCCACGGCGACGGCUGUGGCUGUGUGGCAGGAGCUCAGAGACCCAGCAGCCGGUGCGCUUGGCCCUCCUAGAUCUUGGACUCCUGGCCCUAGAGAGAACUCCCUUUCCCUGGAGAAGAGCCUUAUCUCCACUUUUGCUCCCUCUGCAAUCAGUGCCUUUGGUUCUGUGAGUUGCUCACUCUGAAAACAGCUUUCAGAAGUGCAUUUGAUCUUUGCCUGUCGUCCAGGUUUGGUAAGGCUAGGAUGGGUGGGCAGCCCUGCCCUGGGACUGCUGGGUGGACCUCUGAAUUUUUCCUUCCUUCCUUCCGGCCUUCCUUCUUCCUUUCUCAGUGUUGGAGGUGAAAGGGGUGAGUGAGAAAGUUGGGGAAUGGUUAGCUCCCUAUUAGCUCCAUUCCUUUAAACCGUGGCUGGGUCAGGAGACUAGUUGGUGCCAUGCAGAAACAGCUGCCUGCUGCCCUUUAUUCCUCGGGGUGCCAGGAGGGCAGGUGCAGGGCCCCUGCUUGGCUUCUGCUGCGUGGGGUACAUCAGCUUGUUGAGGUUUGUAGCUCCCCCGUUUCUGAGGGUCCUCUGUGUUUCAGCCACCUCUGGGGCCCACAUUGCCUGUGCUGUUGUGACUGACUCUUGUCUGUGUUUACAGUAGCAGCAGGAUCGCGCUGCACACCUUGCUCCGGUGGCCGUGACUCAUCCUCUCAAAGGUGUAUCUGCAAGAUUACCCCUUUAGGUGUGCAAAGGCAAAACCUCUGCCUGCGAUACAGCAAACUCCUGAAUGCUGACUUUUGGCUGCUGGGGGUCUAUGAAGACCCUGCAUUUUUGUUAGGAGUGAACACGGCUGCUGCUGCUGGGACUGUAACAGCCUCUGGUGCUUGGCCAGCCGCUGUUCUGAAGAGGAGCCCAGAGAUGCUCCAAUAAACAUCAGCCACAAGUACAGCCAUCCUUGCUGGUCUCUUGGGAGUCCAGUAGCUUGACAGGGAGAUGCUCCAGGUGGGGAAGGGCCAGAUGGAAGCCAUGUGUGGGGGAGGGCCCUGUGUUCCCCCAGCUUUUGCCUGCCUGUGCUGCAGACAUGCACCUUCACAGAGCUGCUUAACAGCCACGGCUCCCAGCCCUGAAAACCUCUGAACUCUAACCGCGGCCCCAAUCCAGCUAAAACUGGCCCCAUUGGAAGCGAUGGCUGUGCCCAGUGGGUCCUUGAGGGUUCUGAGGGACUUAUUUGUGAUCCACCUAAACGGGCUCAAACAGGAUUUUUUGCACCUUGACGAAGCUGCAUUCUGAGGGAUCGAAGGCUCCGUAAAUCCAGGCGCACCCCAUUCUUCUGGAAGAGUAACUUCAGCAUGCGCUUUCCGUCCCAAAAGAGGCUGUUAUUUAGAGGAGCCCCCCGCUUGAUGCGAGCCGCAGGGGAGAGGACCCCAAUGAUCCUUGGGAGUGGUGUGAGGCUGGCAGGAUUUGGAAAGGUCAGUGGUCAGCUGGGAUGGCAGAAGUCUCCCAGCUCUGCUUCCUGGAUCGGGCGUGUUGGAUGCUGGUCGAGCUGCACCGUGAGGCGCUGGUGUGGGAUUUAAGGACAUCCUUGGUCCCCUGCUGGAUCCGACCAGGGUCUCGCAUCCUGUCCCCAGGAGGGAGCGGCCGGUUGGUUGCUUGCACCCCGAGCAUGCAGCGGUUGCCAUUUCUGUUGUCCGUGCCCCAGCCCAGCAGCAUUUAGGGCCUCUGUGCAUGGUGGCUUCCCUUAGCCAUGUCUCUUGUUCGUUCAUUCGCCUUUGGGGAAAUGCACUGUCUUACUGUUACCACAGUGAAACACAAAUACAUCGCCUGUUGUGUGCUGACACAUUUGUUCACGCUGGACCCUCUUGUUGCAUUGGCAUUGCUCUGAGCCAUCAGGAUCCCGUUAACGAAUCGGGGGAAUCUUUUCCCCUUCCACCCUCUCCUCCUGCUGGGGCCAUUCGUGGCCCGAAGAUUACUUGCCGGGCGGGCUUGUAUCUGGCCGUGUUUGGGUCACCUUGAACGGAGGUACAGCUGCUGAGGGAAGGAGGUGGUCAGGCAAGAGGCCGGAGCGAAGAGACUGCUGCCCCAGUAAGCCCCCUUGGGGGAAAACGCCGGUCCUGACGCCAGGAGGCUCCCCACGUCCUCCCCAUGCUUGCAUCCUUUCCGUGAACUGCCUCCUAAAGACACGUUGGUAACUUCAUCCCCAUUAACCCAGACUGGCCCCGUAGGGCUAUUCCAGAUGUAUUAUUAUUAUAAUAAUAAUUAUGUUUAUUAUUUUCUGAGCUAUGAUUAUUUGCAAU